AUGAGGGUUGUUCUCCAUCUCCCAGCCCUCCUGGCUUCUCUGACCUUGCUCCAGACUGCAGUAUCUGCCACAAGUGCACAGACCACCACUGCUGCUGACAUCUCUGAUGCUGUGAGUCAGGUCAAGGUCCAAGUCAACAAGGCCUUCCUGGAUUCCCGAACUAGGCUGAAGAUCUCUAUGAGCUCACAGUCUCCCACCACCCGACAGCUCAUGGAAUAUCUCAAGCAUGCCAAAGGCCAGACACGCACGGCCAUCCACAAAGGGCAGGUGUGGGAGGAGUCCUUAAAGAGAGUGACACAGAAGUCAACCUUGACCAAUGUCACAGACCCCAGCCUAGACUUGGCUUUCCUCUCUCAUGAAGUGGGCUGCGGUGUCCCUGCCCCUGUGGUGAAAUGCGACAUGAACAGCCCUUAUCGCACCAUUACAGGAGACUGUAACAACAGGAGGAACCCCACACUGGGAGCCGCCAACAGGGCGCUGGCGCGCUGGCUUCCCGCUGAGUACGAGGACGGGCUCUCUCUCCCCUUUGGGUGGACGCCGGGAAAGACGCGGAACGGCUUCCGUCUCCCGCUGGCCCGUGAGGUAUCCAACCAGAUUAUCAGCUACCUGAAUGAGGAUGUUCUGGACCAAAACACGUCCCUGCUUUUCAUGCAGUGGGGUCAACUUGUGGACCACGACCUGGACUUUGCCCCUGACACUGAGCUGGGGAGUAGUGAGUACUCCAAAGCCCUGUGUGAAGAACACUGUAUCCAGAGAGACAACUGUUUCCCCAUCUUGUUCCCACCCAAAGACCCCAAGGUGAAGACUCAAGGGAAGUGCAUGCCAUUCUUCCGAGCCGGGUUCGUCUGCCCCACUUCACCCUACAAGUCCCUGACCCGAGAGCAGAUCAAUGCUCCCACCUCCUUCCUGGAUGCCAGCUUUGUGUACGGGUCGGAGGCGAGUCUGGCCAGACGCCUACUCAACCUCAGCAGCCCCCUGGGCCUCCUGGCCGUCAACCAGGAGUUCUCGGACCAUGGGCUGCCCUACCUGCCUUUCGACAACAAGAAGCCAAGCCCCUGCGAAUUCAUCAACACCACGGCCCGAGUGCCCUGCUUCCUGGCGGGAGAUUCCCGAGCCUCAGAGCAGAUCCUGCUGGCUGCUUCCCACACCCUCUUCCUCCGAGAGCACAACCGGCUGGCCAGAGAACUAAAGAGACUCAACCCUCAUUGGGACGGAGAGACGCUCUACCAGGAAACCCGGAAAAUCCUGGGAGCCUUCGUGCAGAUUAUCACCUUUAGGGACUAUCUGCCUAUUGUGCUGGGUGACGAGAAGCAGAAGCAGAUCCCUCCAUACCAAGGAUAUGAUGAGUCUGUGGAUCCUCGGAUUUCCAACGUCUUCACCUUUGCCUUUCGCUUUGGCCACUUAGAGAUCCCCUCCACGAUGUCCCGCCUGGAUGAGAACUAUCAGCAGGAGCCAGAGCUCCCCCUGCAUACCCUUUUCUUCAACACCUGGAGGAUAGUCAAAGAUGGUGGAAUUGACCCUCUGGUGCGAGGCCUGCUGGCCAAGAAGUCCAAGUUGAUGGACCAGAAUAAAAUGAUGACAGGAGAGCUACGCAACAAGUUGUUCCAACCACCUCACAACAUUUAUGGUCAUGACUUGGCCGCCAUCAACAUACACCGGGGCCGGGACCAUGGGCUGCCUGGGUACAACUCCUGGAGAGAGUUCUGUGGCCUUGCCCAGCCCAAGACACUGGAGGAGCUGGACACUGUGCUGAAGAACAAGAUGCUGGCUAAGAAGUUGCUAGAUCUUUAUGGGACCCCGGACAACAUCGACAUCUGGAUGGGGGCCAUUGCUGAGCCCAUGGUAGAGGGAGGCCGAGUGGGGCCUCUCCUGGCCUGCCUCUUGGGGAAACAGUUCCAGCAGAUCCGUGAUGGAGACAGGUUCUGGUGGGAGAACCCUGGGGUCUUCACCAAGAAGCAGCAGGAUGCUCUGCAGAAAGUGUCCUUCUCACGCCUUGUCUGUGACAACACCCAUAUCACCAAGGUCCCCCUGGACCCAUUCCAGGCCAACAGCUAUCCCCAAGACUUUGUGGACUGCUCAGCAGUUGAUAAGCUGGACCUCUCACCCUGGGCCUCAGUGGAAAACUAG